AAAUAAAAAAUAGUAUUUGAAUUAAAAGAAGGCAAUUUUAUAGGGUAGCAAAAUUUACCCAUUUAAUGAGCAAUUAGUACUCCAAAGAGAAUUUUAACAUGCACUAAUGCAUAUCACAAAAAGAACAACAAAUUGUUAUCUUUACAGCUCCACUUCCAGGAUAUGAUAACGAUUAAAAGUGAAAUGUAAACAAAAGUAAAAAUCUAACUUAAUUUACUUUACAGUACAUAAAGGAUAAGAAUUAACAAUAAUUUUAUAAAUUGUCUAUGGCGAUACAAUGAAUUAAUGAUUACAUAGAAGGCAAUUAGUGAAAUAAAAUUAUGUGGGCUCCAACAAAGAAUAAUAAAUAUGGUGUUGCUAUCUAUAAUUGGCAUGGCGAUAAUCUAUACGGAUUACAACUUGAAAUUGGAGACACCGUACAAAUUCUUGAACAGUGUACUGGGUGGUAUAGAGGAUUUGUUACCAAAAAUCGAUCUGUAAAAGGAAUAUUUCCAUCUACAUAUAUCCAUUUGAAACCUUACCGUAUUGAAAAUGAAGGGAACUUUGAAACUGUUAUUCCAUUAGAAGAUUCUGUAGUCAGAGAAGUAUCUUUAGUAUUACGUGACUGGAAUUGUAUCUGGAAAUCAUUAUAUGUGGAACGAGAGACUUAUAAAUUUAUUACUCUGCGAAAAGUAAUGCGAGAGUUGUUAGAUUGGAGAAAGCAAUUGUUGACAGGGACAUUAACUCAAGAUCAAACAAAGGAAUUAAAAUUGAAAAUAACAGCCAAAAUUGAUUGGGGAAACAGAAAACUUGGAUUGGAUUUAGUUCCGAGAUGUAGUGCAGAAAUGGUCGAUCCGGCUACUAUGAGUGCCGUAGAACUGUUUAAAGUUCACGUUAAAAGUUCGGAUAACAUUCAAGGCGUUUCAGCGAGGGGUACUAUAAGAAGACCUAAAGGAGUAUCCAAAAUACACACUCGUCAUAUGUUCAUGUGCAUGCGUGAUUUUGGUUAUCACACUGGAGAAGAAACUGAAGUGUAUUUUUCUUUGUAUGACGCUAAAAAUUUCAAGUAUAUCAGUGAGAGAUUUUUGGUAAAAAUUUCAAAAGAAGGUUUUUCAAAUUACAUAGAAAAGUUGCACAAUAAUUGUACAAUAUUUACUGAUUUAGGAUUACAAGACUUAGCUCGAGAUCUGUAUAUAGUGGCACACGUAAUGCGUUUUGGAAAAAUGGUGUACUCCGAGUCUUCAAAAAAAGUUUCUAUAUCGUCUGCAUCAAUACCACCAGUAUCUCACUUUAAACGUCCUUUAGGAGUGGCAGUUUUGAGUAUAAGUGAGUUCUUGACUUCAGCAUCAUUUGAGGAGAAAGAGUUCACAUUUCGCGUGUUUCAAUCUGACGAAAAAGAUUUUUGCCAGCUCCACGAUACAUUAAUACGCAAACAAAACAAUAAGUAUAGUCCACUGUCUAGUCAUCCCAACUAUGGUAUAGUCAUAUCCCUAAGAAUAUUGAAUGGCGAAUUACGUUGUAUACGUGAAGAGAAUCCUUUAGCUUUCAAAAACGUAUCGACCACCAAGAAAAUGGGCUUUCCAGACGUUAUAAUGCCUGGAUAUGUACGCAACGAUCUAUAUCUAACUCUUGAGCGUGGCGAAUUUGAAAAAGGUGGCAAGUCUACUGGAAAAAACAUCGAAGUCACUGUUGUCGUUUUAGACUAUGAAGGCAAUAUAGUACCCAAUUGUUUAUGGGGUGCUUCUGGUACAGACUCCUCUACCGAAUACCGGUCAAUGAUUAUAUAUCAUCAUAACGCUCCUUGUUGGGGCGAAACCGUACGAUUGGCUGUACCAAUUGAAAAAUAUAAUAUCGCCCACAUUCGUUUUGAAUAUCGGCAUUGUUCAACUCGAGAUAAAGCAGAUAAUAAAAAACUUUUUGGUAUAUCAUUUGCGAGGUUAAUGGAGCCUGAAGAGGCUACACUUCAAGACGGUUUACACGAGUUAUUCAUUUAUAGAUGUGAUGAACGUACCAAACUUCGACCUGUAGAUUACUUGAGUUUAGCUGCUAAUGUACGCGAAGCUACAACAUGGAAUAGCAUACCUGAACCUGGAUCAGUAUUUACAUGCAGCCAUAAAGAGAUAAUGACUAUAAGAACAUUAUUGUGCUCUACAAAGCUCACACAAAAUGUUGAUUUGUUGUCAUUACUUCAAUGGAAAGAACACCCUCAUCGGAUUCAAGAGGCGCUCACUCGGGCAUUACGCUUAGACGGAGAAGAGCUGGUUAAGUUCUUACAAGAUGUUUUGGAUGCUCUGUUUUCUAUGUUUUCUACAGACGAUGGAAAUUCGACGGUUCAUUCUGGACUCGUAUUUCAUGUACUUGUCAGUAUAUUUAGUUUACUGUAUGAUAGCAAAUUUGAACAUUUCAAACCAGUAAUGAAUGCCUAUAUUCAAGAACAUUUUGCUGCAGCUUUGGUCUACAAAGGUUUACUAAGUAGUGUUCAACAUUGUGCAGAACUAGUCAUGUCUACAGAUAGACAAGAACCAAUUCAAAAAUGUUUUCGGUCUUUAGAAUAUAUUUUUAAAUUUGUCAUCCAGUCACGUUUGUUGUUCUCUCAGGCUACAGGUGGUCAAUUUGAAGACAGUUUUCGAUACGAUGUUCAUCGUGUUUUUGCUUCAUUAGAUAAAAUGCUUUGCUCAUCAUUUGAAAUGAUAUUACCUACACAAAUUGCUCUUUUACAAAGUUCCAGUGCUGUGUUUGAUCAGUUGGUCCAAGUAAUACCUAUAAUUGAAGUAGCUAAACUUAGUGUAUCAAUGUUGGAUUGUUUACCUUCACGGGAUUUACCUACACCAUUAACUCAAGCUAAAUUAUGUGCAAUCAGAGAUUUAGUGGCUGGAAAAGUUUUCAAAGAUGACGAAGCAAGAAAUUUAUUACUUAUUACCAUAUGUAAACAUCUUCGUCAUCAUAUUAGUGCUAAAGAAGAAAUUCAGUUAUGCACAGAUAUCCUAGGAGAUAUAUUGACAUUUGUUUUUCAUCAAAAUAGAUUACACGAUAGUGGAAAAGUUAAUAUUUGCUCUAGACGAGACUUAGAAAUAUUAACACUUAGCACACUAGAUAUGUUGAUUGAGACUUCUUUAAUUGUCAUAGAUAGAAUGGUCUCAGUUUUGGCCAAUAUGGUUGCUUGUUUGGUUUCACUUCUACAACUACUUGAUGAAUAUCAUUACAAAAGACUUUGGGAAGAACUUGGUGAUCGAAAACCACUAAAAGAUUUUUUGUUGAGAGCAUUCUUGUUGUUUAGGCAUUUAAUUAAACAUGAUGUGUUUCCUUCAGACUGGAUGGUCAUGAAAAUGACUACAAAUAAUGUCAUUUUAGCAGCUUUGCAACAGCUGUCACAACCAUUAGUAUUUUGUUUUUUGGAAACAUGGCCUCAUUUUGAUUAUCAAGUAUGGUCGACUUAUUUUAAAUUGGCUGUAGCAUUUCUUACUCAACCUGCACUUCAAUUGGAGACUUUCACUAAUGUCAAAAGAAAUAAAAUAAUUGAAAAGUAUGGUGAUAUGAGAGUGCUAAUGGGGUAUCAAAUUUUGUCUGUUUGGUCUAAAUUAGGAGACCACAAAAUAAAUUUCAUACCAUCCAUGGUUGGUCCAUUUUUAAAAGUAACAUUAGUACCGGAAGCAGAAUUACGUAAAGCAACUUUGCAUAUAUUUUUUGAUAUGAUGGAAUGUGAACAGAGAGCACGUGGGAAUUUUAAAGAAGUGGAAUCAGAGCUUAUAGAUAAAUUAGAUUAUUUGAUUAGUGAAAAUAAAGGUGAUGAUGAAUACAGACAACUUUUUAACACAAUGGAGAACUUAAGUAUUGUUUUACUUGAAAAAGUACAUCAAGAAGAACAAGAUGGCAGUUGGCAAGAAACAGGCUCUGCUUUCAUUCAUUCAGUUACUAGGUUAUUGGAAAGACUACUUGAUUAUAGAAGUGUAAUGCGUGGUGAUGACAAUAGGGAUAAAAGAAUGUCAUGUACUGUAAAUCUUUUAAAUUUUUACAAGAAUGAAAUUGAUAGAAAAGAAAUGUACCUGAGAUAUAUCUAUAAGCUACAUGACUUACAUGUGUCAGCUGAUAACUUCACUGAAGCAGGAUUUACAUUAAAAUUAUAUGCUGAUCAGCUAUCAUGGACAGAUGGCCCAUUAUUACAAGGUGAUCCAAUGACAAAUGUGUGCCAGUGGCAAAGAAAAGAGCAGUUGUACCAUGAAAUAAUUCAAUAUUUUGAUCGAGGAAAAUGUUGGGAAAAAGGAUUACCAUUACUUAAAGAAUUAGCAGAUUUUUAUGAAAAACACUUGUUUGAUUAUACACGGUUGAGUGCUGUGUUAAAAAUGCAAGCGAAAUUCUGUGAUAAUAUUCUUACACAGUUGCGUCCCGAGUCAGAAUACUUUCGUGUUGGUUUUUAUGGACAAGGUUUUCCUCUAUUUGUUAGGAACAAAAUAUUUGUUUACCGAGGUCUAGAGUAUGAACAUAUGGAAACUUUUACUCAAAGAUUACAAACAGAAUUUCCAACAGCCCAACUACUGACCAAAAAUACUCCGCCAUCACAAAAUAUACUUCAGUCUGAUGCUCAAUAUAUUCAAAUAUGUAAUGUUAAACCUUAUCCAGAUAUUGGUCCACCAUCAUCUGACACACCACUAGCCAUGGUGCCAGAAAAAGUGGGUCGCUUUUAUGAAGUUAAUGAUGUGUGUACUUUUCAAUUAGAUCGACCUAUGCAUAAAGGGCUAGUAGAUCGAGUAAAUGAAUUCAAAAGCCUUUGGCUAGAGCGCACCAUUUUAGUUAUAAGUGAUCGUUUGCCAGGCAUUUUACGUUGGUUUGAAGUAGUUAAUACUACUACUGAGGAAGUUCCACCUGUCAAAUUUGCUUGUGAAACUGUUGAAACUGUCAAUAAAGAUUUGAAACGUCUAAUUAAUCAAUACACUAAUGAACCUAAAAAAAAUAUAAAUCCUUUAAGUAUGAGACUACAAGGAACAAUAGAUGCCAAUGUCAUGGGUGGUAUAUCCAAGUAUCAGUCAGCUUUUUUUUCUCAAGACUUUGUUCAAAACAACCCACAAUACUACUCAUAUGUUUUACAAUUAAGUUCAUCCAUUAAUCGCCAGAUUGACAUUGUAGAGAAUGGUCUAUUAGUUCAUGGUAGAUUGGCGCCUCCAGAAGUUCAGCCUCUACACCAUAGAUUAGUGGAACGUAUGGUACAACUAAAACAAAGUGUAAAAACACCUCCAGCACCUGAAAGCAUUAUAAAUUCUCCUCUACCACCAGUUCCUAUUGAAAAAAUUCAAUCUCAUAGAUCCACUGAUGAGUACACAAAUACAUUAAACUACUUUAGUGAUCGUAAAGAAGAAUAUGAAGAUAUAUAUAGCAGGACAUUUGAUUUACCAGAAACUAAAGUACCAAUUGUUCCAAUUCGUGAAUUUAGGCUCAAAUCUGAAGGGACUUUAAUUAAUAAUAGUAAAAUCAAAGUUGAUUCAAAAGUACCUUUACCUUCUAAAUCAGAAAGUCCAAAGUUAUUGAGAAAUUCUUGUUCCAUUGAUACAAAUAAUAUAAGAAAUUCAUGGUCAGGUGAAGACAAUACUCCACCUCCACCUUUACCUCCAAGAGCAUUGGAAAAGAAAAAUAAUGAUAUUGCACCACCUUUGCCUAAAAGAUUACCUUCCCGAAGAGAUUCUGAACUAAUUGUCGACUUGGAUGCAUAUAUUCAGCGUGAUUCUGGAUAUUCUGAAUCUCUACAUUCUAUGUCUUAUGAAGAAUUUGUAAUGCCCUCAAUAGAUGCCAAUAAAACCCCACCCCCCCUUCCGCCCAAAAACAUUCAGGUUUUACCAACUUCUGAGUCCAGUGAAUUUCCAAAUUUAGAAAACUACUCUGUGCCUGGAAUAACAUCUAGACGUUUGGAAUCAAACCCCUAGUCAAAUAUAAGACUCCUAUAGAAUAUGUGCCAUAUAACGAAAAUUGAAUGCAUUUUAUAACAAUUUUACAAUAGUUAAUUUUAAAUUAUUUUUGUAUGUUAUUUUUUUAAAGUGAUAUUGGUGAGUUAUAUUUAUUGACAUAAUUAAUUCUCUAUUAUUAUGAUCCAAUACUAUGUAUUAUAUUAAGUGUGUACUUGCCCCAAGACCUUUCAUUACUCAACAUGCCAUCUUAAUUAUAAUAAUGACAUACUUAAUUAUUGAGUUUACAUUUUAUCAAAAAUUUAUUAUUUAAUUUUAUUGUUGUUACUUUAUUUUUUUAGAAGAUUGAUAAAACUAUCCUAAUUUAAUUAUUUAAUUAUUUAAUUUUAUAAUUUAUUUAUUAAUUUAUAUUAAAAAUUACUUUUUAUUAAUAAUUAGUAUUUAAUUAUUCUAAUUAUUAAAAAAAAUUGGCAUAUUUGGCAUAAGUAUUAUCAAAAAUCAAUAGUUUGGUUUCUUCUUCUUCUUCUUCUUAUUAUUAUUAUUAUUAUUAUUAUUAUAACUAUUCCCCUAGAUAGAUAAAAUAAUUGUGUUUGAUACAAUCAUAUGUUUAAAAAAUAGAGACAAUAUAUUUGCUAAAUCUAACUCCAUCUUUAAAAAUAAAUAAUUUUUCAUGAGUAAAUAAUAAUAAUCUAUUUAUUUUAUUAAUUUAUUUUAUAAGGAAUACCUUUUUUUAUAUAAUUUUGAUUAAAUGACUAAUUUUUUAGUAUUUUAAAACAAUUUUUUAAUUUUACUUUAUUAUUUUAAUACUGCUCCUAUUUGAUGACUUAUGUUACCAAACUGUAUACUAAAAGAGUGUGACUGUUUUUCUUCCAUUUUGUAUGCUAAUUAGAUUUCAUACGCAAUAGUUAUUGCGUGUUAUUAUUUAUAUAAUUAAUUAUUGGUAUAUUGUGUUUGUGUGAAUAUGUUUUUGUAUUAUUAUAAUUUUUUCUAUUGUAUAAUUAUUUUAUUGUAACAUUCCAGUCUUCCAUGACUACUAUUCAAUAAAUCAUUAUUAUGUAUUCCUGUGUAAUUUUACUUAUGAAAUUU